CUGCGUCCACCGCGCCGGCCGCGCCCGCACCGACGUCGCGCCCGAACGGUGAGGGCGGAGAGGCGAGGCCUGGACGUCUGGCGAGCCCGGGCGGCGGAACUGACGCCAGCGGGCUUCCGGGGGUGGCCCCCGGGGAGGUCGGCGGCGGCGCCGCAGUCGUGGAGGGGCAGUGGGAGCGUAAGCGGCCGUGGGCGACGCAAGUUCCGCACAGAGCUCUUCCCUUCUCGCCUCACACUUCUUCCUCUCUCCUAGUCGCGUGCUGCCUCCCGACGGCCGCUCGUCCUGACCAGAGCUUUCGGAGUGCGGUGGCUGAGGAGCAGCCGUCACCACCCCGCCUCGGGGCCGAGUCAGGGUUCCUGUCGCGCCGCGUCGCCCCCUGCGCCGCCUCCUUGCCCUCAGUGGCGGGCGCCCUUCUCGCUCGAAGCACUCCCCCCAGCUCCAUGAAUGGAAAUCGGCUCCGCAGGACCCGUUGGGGCCCAGCCCCUACUCAUGGUGCCCAGAAGACCUGGCUAUGGCACCAUGGGCAAACCCAUUAAAUUGCUGGCUAACUGUUUUCAAGUUGAAAUUCCAAAGAUUGAUGUCUACCUCUAUGAGGUAGAUAUUAAACCAGACAAGUGUCCUAGGAGAGUGAACAGGGAGGUGGUUGACUCAAUGGUUCAGCAUUUUAAAGUGACUAUAUUUGGGGACCGUAGACCAGUUUAUGAUGGAAAAAGAAGCCUUUACACAGCCAAUCCACUUCCUGUGGCAACUACAGGGGUGGAUUUAGAUGUUACUUUACCUGGAGAAGGUGGAAAAGACCGACCUUUCAAAGUGUCAAUCAAAUUUGUCUCUCGGGUGAGUUGGCACCUACUCCAUGAAGUACUGACAGGACGGACCUUGCCCGAACCACUGGAAUUAGACAAGCCAAUCAGCACUAACCCUGUCCAUGCCGUUGACGUGGUGCUACGACAUCUGCCCUCCAUGAAAUAUACACCUGUGGGGCGUUCCUUUUUCUCAGCUCCAGAAGGAUACGACCACCCUCUGGGAGGGGGCAGGGAAGUUUGGUUUGGAUUUCAUCAGUCUGUUCGGCCUGCCAUGUGGAAAAUGAUGCUUAAUAUUGAUGUUUCUGCCACUGCCUUCUACAAAGCACAACCUGUAAUUCAGUUCAUGUGUGAAGUUCUUGAUAUACAUAAUAUUGAUGAGCAACCAAGACCUCUGACUGAUUCUCAUAGGGUAAAAUUCACCAAAGAGAUAAAAGGUCUGAAGGUUGAAGUGACUCAUUGUGGAACAAUGAGACGGAAAUACCGUGUUUGUAAUGUAACAAGAAGGCCUGCCAGUCAUCAAACCUUUCCUUUACAGUUAGAAAAUGGCCAAACUGUGGAGAGAACAGUAGCACAGUAUUUCAGAGAAAAGUAUACUCUUCAGCUGAAGUACCCACACCUUCCCUGUCUGCAAGUGGGGCAGGAACAGAAACAUACCUAUCUGCCACUAGAAGUCUGUAAUAUUGUGGCAGGGCAACGAUGUAUCAAGAAGCUAACGGACAAUCAAACCUCCACUAUGAUCAAAGCCACAGCAAGAUCUGCACCAGAUAGACAAGAGGAAAUUAGCAGAUUGGUAAGAAGUGCAAAUUAUGAAACAGAUCCAUUUGUUCAAGAGUUUCAAUUUAAAGUUCGAGAUGAAAUGGCUCAUGUAACCGGACGCGUACUUCCAGCACCUAUGCUCCAAUAUGGAGGCCGGAACCGGACUGUAGCAACACCAAGCCAUGGAGUAUGGGACAUGCGAGGGAAACAGUUCCACACAGGAGUUGAAAUCAAAAUGUGGGCUAUAGCUUGUUUUGCCACACAGAGGCAGUGUAGAGAAGAAAUAUUGAAGGGUUUCACGGACCAGCUGCGGAAGAUUUCCAAGGACGCAGGGAUGCCCAUCCAGGGUCAGCCUUGCUUCUGCAAAUACGCGCAAGGGGCAGACAGCGUGGAGCCCAUGUUCCGGCAUCUCAAGAACACCUACUCAGGGCUGCAGCUCAUUAUUGUUAUCCUGCCCGGGAAGACGCCAGUGUAUGCGGAGGUGAAACGUGUCGGAGAUACACUUUUGGGUAUGGCUACACAAUGUGUUCAAGUCAAGAAUGUAAUAAAAACAUCCCCUCAAACUCUCUCAAACCUGUGCCUGAAGAUAAAUGUUAAACUUGGAGGGAUCAAUAAUAUUCUUGUACCUCAUCAAAGACCUUCUGUGUUCCAGCAACCAGUGAUCUUUUUGGGAGCAGAUGUCACUCAUCCGCCCGCUGGUGAUGGGAAGAAGCCUUCUAUUGCUGCUGUUGUAGGUAGUAUGGAUGCCCACCCAAGCAGAUACUGUGCUACCGUAAGAGUUCAGAGACCCCGACAGGAGAUCAUCCAGGACCUCGCUUCCAUGGUCCGAGAACUUCUCAUUCAGUUUUAUAAGUCAACUCGGUUCAAGCCUACUCGUAUCAUCUUCUAUCGGGAUGGUGUUUCAGAGGGGCAGUUCAGGCAGGUAUUAUAUUAUGAACUCCUAGCAAUUCGAGAAGCCUGCAUCAGUUUGGAGAAAGACUAUCAACCUGGAAUAACCUACAUUGUAGUUCAGAAGAGACACCACACUCGACUGUUUUGUGCUGAUAGAACUGAAAGGGUCGGAAGAAGUGGCAAUAUCCCAGCUGGAACAACGGUCGACACAGACAUUACCCACCCGUAUGAGUUUGAUUUUUACCUCUGUAGUCAUGCUGGGAUACAGGGUACCAGCCGACCUUCACACUAUCAUGUUUUGUGGGAUGAUAACUGCUUUACUGCAGAUGAACUUCAGCUGCUCACCUACCAGCUCUGCCACACUUACGUGCGCUGCACACGAUCUGUUUCUAUACCUGCACCAGCGUAUUAUGCUCACCUGGUGGCGUUUAGAGCCAGAUACCAUCUCGUGGACAAAGAACAUGACAGUGCUGAAGGAAGUCACGUUUCAGGACAGAGCAAUGGACGAGAUCCACAAGCUCUUGCCAAGGCUGUACAGAUUCACCAAGAUACCUUACGCACAAUGUACUUUGCUUAAAAAGUCUAAGGAUAUUCUCUGAGAGGAAGAACUGGAAGAUGAAUCGACAUACAACUUAUGUUUCCAGUGGAGUCAGCUGGGUGAGGAUGCCUCCAGCCAUACAGAAACCAACACUGCGUGGGGGCCAGGGUCUGAUUUCAUGUUGAUGCAGGAAGAUUGUCUACUUCGUCGAGGAACACAGCACCAUUAUGCAAUAUGAAACCAGCCAACUGCUUUUUUGUGCGGUCUCCUGUAGGAAGUAUCGCGGUUGUUUUGUUUUCACUUUCUUGUAGUCUAACCCUUUUAAUGCCUUUACCUCAAGUUGCUUGGCAGCACAACUCUUUGCAAAAAAAAAAAAAAAAAGUAAAGAAAAAGUAAAUGAAGGUUUUUUUUAAAAAUACACCUAUAUGAAUAAUCAAAGUGAUUGUUCACAAUGAUGUGUGCAAAAAAAUUAAUGUGCAUUCAUGUAUUCUUGUAAAAGUUAUCUGUGUAUUUUACAUAUAUACAUGCAUACCGCAUAUGCAUAUAUAUCUGGAUCUACACUGACAGUGGAUAUAUAUGUAUCUCUGUAUAUAUUUUACAGUUCAUUCCAUGGGGGAACCGUCUUUCCCUUUUAUUAUUCUCCCACCGCCACUUUCAUUUUUCUCUCUACCUCCCUUGCCACAUUUUUUUCCCCUGAUGCUACCAGUGACAUUCAAAUAUUCAUGUAUCUGGUUCAUUUGAAUAUGAAGCAUGGCAAACUAGAUUUUUAUUUUGCACACCCUACUCCUAUCUCUUGUCUCAUACACAAUUUGGAGUCCUCAACUCUUGGUAUUGCUUUCCUAAGAAACAAAAUUAUUUUAUAUAUACAUAUAUAUAUAUAUAUAAAAUAUGGUUUUGUGAGAGUGAGUGUCUGCCCCCUCCAGCCCUCAGCUUACAUUUGCCAUUUGUGCAAUGUGUAUAUAAGCAGUAGCACCUAAACUGUUCUUUUUCUUUAGUGAAUUUGUUAAAGCUGCUAUUAAAAAAAAAAAAAAACUUGUCAAAAGUUGUAACUCCUCUAUAACUGAUGCUACUAUUCUAAAGUCUUCUGUUUCUAUGUGUUAUACAUGGAAAUCCCUUAAAGCUUUUAUAAAGGGUAAAUGUUUUACAUGAUUGGAAUCGUGUAGGGUUGAGGUCUCUGAAAUUGGGUAGAGAGAAGGGGUUGUUGAGGUUUCUUUUAAUUUUUUUUGCUAGUUUACUUGCUGCCUCUCAUACCUUAAUGUGAUUUUCAUAUAUAUAUUUUUAUAUAUAUGUGUUGUAUAUAUAAACAUAUAUGUAUGUGUUUUGAAGUAUAGCUUCCUUUUCUUUUAUAUUUAUUAGAGUAGUGCUUUAAUAAUUAUAGAAUCGUAUUGGCAACAUCUUUUAUAGAAAUAUAAUUGUUUAUUUUAAGAACUGACGAUUUGUUUUUGCUCUCUUGUAGUGCAAUAAGCAGUUUUAAAAGAAAGCUGUGUCUGUUUUACAUCUUUACCACAAAUCAUGGGAGAAACAGGCACCUCCGUAAUUUUAAAAGGGCAAAGUAAUAUAGCCUUAAUUUCAGAAGGAAAGUUUUAUAAUUUUCAAGUUUAAAGCAUGUCUUAUAAAAAUCAUUAUGAAAAUGAAGGAAGUUAAAUUUCCUAAAUGAGUCUUGACCUUGAAUAUUAGAAAUAAAGUUGAAGAACUUUGAUUUAAUUAAUGACAAUGACUAGCUUAAGAUAUAGAAGACAUUUAAAUUUUUGAAAAGAGCUCGUGUUUGUUGAAGAAUCAUACUGGUAAGCUGCCAGUUUUCAUCUACUAAAACGAGUCAGGAAAAUAUAAAAUGAUAUUUUUAAAACUUUAUUUGCUAAUUCAUCACUAGUGUAACUUUCCUUUUAAAAUUAGGGAGAUGGUGACAAAGGAAGUUAGGAUUUUGAUCAUUUGAAAUGAGUUAAAUCACUGAAAUGUUGAAAAACUUUUUUGCAGAACUUUUGUUUUAUUAACUUCACUUUAAGAUCUUAAAGAAUACUAUAAAGCUGUCAAAACCGAGUUAAUCAGUAACCUUGGAUUCAAGGGAGCUUUGCACUUUGUAACUCAUGAAAAUUGCAUUUAAAUUUUUUUUUUUUUUUGCACUGGUUCAGAGUGUAGAUAUUACAGAUUGUUUCCAGUGGGCAUUGUUGUUAACCUUUCAGAAUUCCAUCUGCACAUGAAAACAAAUGGAUUAGCUCUUUAGUUUCUCUCUUACCUAUUAUCCACGUAAUGCCAAUUUACUGUAUUUUGAGCCUAAAAUCUGAGCCCAUGUCCUCCAACAGGUAUGAAAUCUUUUGUCCCCCUGCCAGAAAAUUAAGAAAGUACUGUAUUUUGUAUGUUUAUUAUAUUGAAGUUGCUGAGAUGCAAUUUACAACACUGUUUCAAAGCUCUUUACAUAACGUAAUAUUUGUAUAGUAUAUACAUUUUUCUCCCAACCGCCUCUCCUCCUCCAAAAAAUGUCUAUAAAGGUUGUAUUUUUUUUUUUACAUUGAAAUUUCACUGAAUAUAAUCCAGAACAUAGACAGGAGAAGGAAAUAGUAUAUCUUAGAUGGUAAAAACCUGAUGGUGUAUGUUUGCUCAGUAUGAGUAAAACAUCGUCCUUAAUCAGUGAGAGUUUCACAGAUUCAUGUGGGAGACUUUAGGGCCUAGGGAAGAACUGUAGAUAAUUUUCCCGUUUACCUGCUUUACCUAAUUUCAGUCACCUAAUCUCACAUGUGCUAAAGUAAAGCCCACAAUUUAAAUCUAUUUAGAAGGACUUUUACAGAGGAAAAAAAAUUUUUUUAACAUAAAGCUUUACCUUUGAAAUGAGUUCUUUAUAGGGUGCUCUUAGAGUUUCAACAUUGCUAGUUUAAAGUUGGUUAACUUGAAAGAAUAUGUAUAGUAUAUUUCUAUUUUGCUUACUAACAAAUUGGUGUAUCAAACUUGAUUAUAAGAAACUGUGCUUAGAUUUUAAGAUAAAAGACUAAAUGGCACAUAUUUUUUGAAAUUUGUUUUAAUUGUUGUACUUCUGGUGUAGAAUCACUGAUCUUUUUUAUUUAAAAAAAAGGAGAAAAAAAAAGAUUGUUUUGAGUUUAAAUGGUCAUGAAACUCAACAGUGACCUUUCUGUUCCUGCCCUUGCUCACUAACUACACAUACAGUGAAUGCUAAAUUUCUCUCUGCUGUUUUCUGUGAUAUAUGAGUGACUUUAAAAUGUCAGUCCCAGCAACUGGUGUAAUAGAUUUUCUUGUGAAGAAUUGGGAGCUUAAUGUAUAUUCUGGAUGGCAAAUAUGUAAAGUGCUGAUACGUGUUUAUAUUACAGUAUCAAGUUAAUGGCAUUGAGGACCAUGCAUUUAUAAUACUGUAGCUGCUAUAUUUAUUUAAUGAAGUAGAGUCUGACAGUUACUGCACUAAACAGUAAGGAGAUGAGCAGGAUUCAAGGCUGGUGUUAAACUUCUUUUUUUUUCCUAAAUAAGAUUUAAGAACAUGAAAUAGCAAGAUAACAAAGGGUGCUGCCAAUUUAGGUUCAAUUUAAUGUCAGGAUACUCUUUCUUUGUUUUAGAAAUAUGGAAUUUUACUUUAAGAGUUUUGAAAAAGGGUACCUCAGCCUCCUUAGUACUGGUUUUUGGCUUAUUUUCACAGACAUACCGAUGCCCUUUAUUUUUUUCUUAAUAUUUACCUUUUAACACAUUUCUCAGAAAAAGUAUUUGUCUAUGAAAAUCUUCCUGGUUAUAACCUAUUAAUUUAUUUAUCUUCCUUGAAGAGAGUCUAGGUGGGAUUCUAGUAGGAGUAUACUAGGCGUUUUAGAAGGCACUUGAUAAAGAUUCAUCUCUUCUUUCUAGCAUGGAGACUCCUAGCCUUCUAAACACCUAUACUAGUUUUCCAAACUAUAAUAGGUUCUCUAAUGACCCACCACUGCCUAAAGUUUACUUAUAUAUUCUCUAAUGGAUUUUAGUAUGACAGACCUCAUGACAGGCUUAGUCAUGACAGACUUAAGCUAUGUCCAGGAAAAUAAAAGCUGAGUUGCCAUUCCUUAGAAAUGAUUGGCAGAGGAUCUCAGUGUUUAAGGAAAAGAAUCCCAGUAAUAAAUCUGAAGGAUCUAUUUCUGAUGAAUUAUAGACUAGGAAUUAGAGACUCUUAUCCAAGAAAUUUUGUGGGUAUUUGAUUCAGAGGCCAACAUGAAUUUACCAUAGGUAGUGAUUUUUAUGAAAUUCAUGAAGCUAGCCACUUGGAUGCAGCUAGAAUAUUUUGUAGUCUUGCUAUUAAAACUUGAUAGUGAUGUUUUUCCAAGAGGCUUAACUGACAGGUCUGUGUAAAUUUUAUUCAGUAUCAUUAAACCUGGUUUAAAUAGUUAUUUUAAUUCAUCCUCUUAGAUGUUUUCCUGUUGAAUACUUUUUAAAGACAAGUUGCCACUAAUAGUAACUUGCUACUUAAAUUAUCUUUUAUGAGUUAUCAGUCAAGCUGUAAAAAGACACCAUUGGACUGGUAUCUUUAUUUUGGCUUUUUUAAUCCUUUUCAUUCCUUUUGAGAAUUCGUGGAUAUCCUAAAGCUUCAAUAAUAAUACUUGCGAGACUUUAUACCAAGUGAGACCUUUGUGAGUAGCAGUAUAACCGUGACUCUAGAGUCUGUCUGUAUUUCCCUUUUCUCCUCUCAUUUGAUCAUAUAAAGCACUUUGUGAUUCUGUAGGAGUCGAAAAGCAAAGAAUAAUGUGUAAAAUCAGUACAUAGAUGGGAAAGUGAGAAUUUUCUCCAAAAAAAUCAUUUUAAAAAAUUCCUACUUAUACUAAGAACAUUUUUGAUCAGUAGCAAUACUAGAAAUGAUACUGUGAUUAGUGAAACCUAAGCUGACUCACAGAAAGAAAAACUCAGUCUCUCUCUCUCUCUCUCUCUCUCUCUAUAUAUAUAUAUAUAGCCUCAAAGGGAAAAAUAUUUUUUACUUUUUCCUGCUUUUAAAAGUGGUACAUUUCAGUUUAUAGUUUUCCAUGUUGAUCAAAAUAAUUUAUUUUAACUGAAAUACAGUGGUCAAAGCUUGUGCUAAUAUUAUCUACUACUAGUUGAAUUUUAUUUUUCUUUACCCAUCAAAGAUAGUGCUCUAUAUUUUUACAUUGUUGUAAGAAUAUUUUGCUCUUGAAGUAUGGAAACUAAAGAUUUUAAUUUGAAUUAAAGAUAGAAGGUUAAUAAAUUUCAUAUGGAGGGUUAAGAUUUACCAAUGAGAAGCCCUCUUGAAGUAUCAGGUAGCCAACAGAAUGACAAAAUUAAGAUGCUCUCGAAUCAUCCAUCCAGCCAUUGGCUUCCCUUCCUUUUUGAAAUCAAUAUCUGAGGUAACCAAACUCUAAUGUUGUAUCUAUGUUAGCGUAUCAUUAAAGCAAAGAUGUUCUUCAGGGUAGACGCUGAAUUAAAUUUUUAAAUCAUUUUUUAAAGCAAGGAGGUUCUUAGAAAGUGCCUUUUCAGAAGAUGGUGCUGUAGACUUUUAUUUUUCAAAUAGCAUGAGGCUAAAAAUUUAAAAGAUAAAUUAUUUUAGAACUCUAAGAGUAUGAACGUUUCAUACAAAUAAUGUUAUUUGUUGUCCUGAAUCUGGUCCAAGGGAACCAAAUAUAGCUUUUAUUCAGUAAAGUAUCUAAGUAAAUGCUCACCAAAUGUAUUUUGUAGGUUUAAAAACAGUUUUUAACAGAAUUAACCCUUUCAGUUCUCAGCUGUGUUGAAGGUAAUCUGUAUGGCACAUAAAACAGCGAGUUUGCUUAACUUUUUAGCAAGGGUACGAGUAUGGUAGUAAACCCCCAAAGUCAAUGGUAAUUUGCCAGAAAUUAUGUGAUAGGCUACCCUCUCCCCCCUCCAGCAUAUUCACCCUUUUGUAAAUAUCUAUUGGUGGCCUUUUCUAAUUACUCCUCAUUAAAGAAGACUGCAUAUAAAGAUAGAGCCAACUCACCAAGGAAAUAGGAAAAGUAAAAUGAUUAUUUCUCUAUCUUUAGGGAAAUUUUUUCUCUUUCAGGCAGCAGGAUAUAUUCUAAAUGUCUCCCUCUUUUUUUCUAGCAUAGAUGAAAAAUGAUGGCAGUGCAUCUAUACAGUUGGUUAAUUAGAAAUAGAACAUGGCUUUGGAGGAAAUAAGUAAAAGGAAGGAUAAUAGCAGAAUUAUUCCUACAGGUUGGAAAUUUAGUAAUCUAUCAGAAAGCAAUGUUCCCCUGAACUAGAAGUAGUAAACAGCAGUAAAUGAUCACCUAACCAGUUCUUGCUUGUGAACUUGGUGAGCACUCUUCCAGAAAAGAACAGACUUAAAAACCAGACAAAAGAACACCACACCUCAGUAACCUUGUAUGCUGCAUUAUGUAAUGAUAGUGAAAUCAUAUUGAUUGUUUGGAGUGUACUAUGUCUGUCUGCAAAUAUACAUGCACAGUAAACUUUUUCAUUUUUUAUAAUGUCAUAAUAGCAAUUAUGGGUUUAUUUUUUUAAUAUUAAUUUUUCUAUUGUGAUGUUUGUAUUUAUUGACAAUUUGUGCGCAACUUUUAUAUUUUGCUUAGAUAUUGGUUUUAAGGUAUUUUAUUUUUAUAGAUAUUUCUAGCUUUUCCUCUUUCUUUGUAAUAUCAGCUAAGAUAAGAUGGAAUGUUAACAUACCAACCAAACUACUAAUUCCAUAAACUCUAGAGUUUGGAUUUUUACCAAUAAACCAUUAACACUAUUUUCUAACUUAGAAUAUUUAAUGUUGUUUAUAUAGUGGGCAUUAAAAAAGACAGUCUUUAGACAGAUUCCUGAAUGUGGAGGGGAAGUGGAACUUUCCUAUAAGUUAGAUUUCCUUCCCUUAAGUAUCUAACUAACAGACUGUAUUGAUUUCAUCUGAUCUGCAGAUUGGUGCCAGCUUGUUACACUUCUUUUUCUAACUUCAGCUACAGUUGAAACUGCUUAAAUGGUUACAUCAUUCAGCAUUAGGAUUAUGAUGCCAUUUUUAUAGACCUGGAAAACAAAUAGCAAAUGAUUCAGAAGUCAGUGGUAAUUGACUUUGAAAUGGGGUGUCCCCUCCCCUGCCAUAAUUAUAUUAUAUGGAAGGUUUGCUACCCUGAUCUUUUUCCUACUGUGCUUUUAAAAUUGUUUUAACCCUACCAUACUUUUAAAGUUGUUUCACAGUUUAAAUAGCUAAACUUAAGAUAAAGACUGAUUAAUACUGUAUUUCAGCUAAACAUUUAAGUAAUAAUUACGAAUUUGAAUUAAUUGGAGGACAGUUAAAAGUAUCAUUAUAUAAUAGUAAUUUCAAGUGUAAUAUAGUCACUUUAGUUUCCUAGUGAAUCAGCUCAGUUCAGUCGCUCAGUCGUGUCCAACUCUUGGUGACCCCAUGGACGAAGAGAUCAAGAUUAUUUGUAUUGACAUUAACUUUUUAUAAAGGUACAUGAAAAAAGUGAAUUCUCUUAAACAGGUAAAACAUUUCCAUUGUAUUUUUACACAGUGAAUUUUCUUGGUAAGCCAAUUUUUUUCUGUAAGAGAUUAAAAGAGAAACUUGAUCCCACCCUCUGAGCUUUAAAUUCUAAUUUAUCAGGUUUUAAUGUAUGACAUUUUGCCAUACUAUAUUCUUUCACUGAGAAGGGUAAAUGAGAAAGUUUCAAGUAAUUAUAAUCAGAAAAAUGUUAUUUUUAUAUUAUGUGAAACAACAAUUUAAAAUGAAUCAGCCUGUGAUUUCAUAUAGAUGUUAGUUAUUAUCACUUUUCCCCCACAUUUUUGCCAGUUUCAGUGGGUUUUCAAAUAUUCAUAAUACACUAAGCUACUUCCUUUACCCGGAUAUCAAGUAGUAAUUGAAGGUUGGUAUCGGGAGUUGGUGAUGGGCAGGGAGUCCUGGCGUGCUGCGGUUCAUGGGGUCGCAAAGAGUUGGACGCGACUGAACUGAACUGAACUGAACUGAUUCUGAUUAUAGGAGUUUGUUGAUACAAAAAAACUAAAUAUGUUUUGAGCAGUCAGAUAUAUUUUUGUUGCAAGUAUAUGCUCCCCUCUUAAGGAUAUUUAUUGUGGUCAUAAUUUUAAUAGUUUUAUUUAUUAUGCUUCAACAUUGCCCUAGGUUGACAGGCAUAUGAUUCUUGUAGGCCAAUAUUUUAAGGCAGCUCUAAGUAGAAGUCCUCCUUUGUUUUCUUUUUUUCCUUCCAAAAGCUCUUAGGAACCUGACAUAUAGAGCUUAUUUCGCUCUUUAUGAUUGGCUCCAUAAAUCAGGGUGCCUAGCAUCAGUGCUGAAUUACCAUGCUGAAGUACUGGGUGACGUGCUCAAGCUUCGAGUCACCUCUUAGAGCUGUCGUGAAUAGUCUUACGUGAGUAGGAAACAGAUAGGAACAUUGAUCAUUAGAACUUUGCUUUUUUGUGUGACGUUUUAUUUCUAAAAAUUGAUUAUAUGCAAAUCUACAAUGUUAUGUUUUAAGUUUAAAAGGCUGUGCCAGAGACUAGAGAGGGAGAUUACUCUGGUAUUUAAUGCCUAAAACUUUCCAGCUUUAUUUACUUCAUGGCUUUAGUUGGAAAGACAAACAAAAAUCCUUUAAUUUGGCCCUUUAUUUUUAGAACCAAAGAAGGGGGAACUUUUCUACAAAAAAUGUUGCAGGUGUGAUAGGAGAGCUUUGUGAAGAAAUGGACCAGUGGGUUUGUAAGAGUAUGUAGUAAGGGGGGAAAUGAGGAAAAGGAAAAGGUUUCUUUGCUGGGAUCCUUUUGGACAGAAACCUUAAGUGGUUUGAUACUUACCUAUUUCUCAUAGUCACAUUGUAAAAGAAGAACUCUUGUUAUUUGAACCUAAGAAAGUGCCACUGUAAACUAAAUGUAUUUUAUGUUGUUUGUUGUCCCAGAUCUAAAGGUAUAUCUAUCUUCAUUAGAGACGUUGCUUCUGAAUUGUAAUUUUAAAAUGAAGUAUUUUUCUUAAAUAGAGCCACGACAUUGCUAUCAACAAAGCUUCUCCAGCUUUUCCCUUUAUAUAGAAAACAUAAAACAGAACCUUCCCAGACAAGGUAGUCUUUCCUGUAAAAAAAUAAUAUAUUUUUUGAUAAAAGAUUUAGGGAAAACACUGGUAGGCUGUGAUGAAGAGGGAAGUUUGCCUAACAUAGAUAGUCCAGCCAGGUUAAUGGAUACAGUUUGAUCCCAGGGAGUUUAACAAGAGGAACUUUUGGUAGCAGGUAAACAUUUGGUUUUGGUAGCAACAGGCUUGGAUCUCUGGUGGUGACUAACUGCGAAUAUCUCCCUGUUUCAUAGAAAGGAAAGGGAAUGAUCUCAUAGUGUUGACUGAUGAUCCUGCAUGUGCUGUUUUUCUAAUUCAGAAAUCAGGUCUAGCAAGCACUAACCAAAAUCUAAUACUUUGUCCCCGUAAGAUUCUGAAAAAGAUUUCCAGGAGCUUUCUCAUUUCUUAGCCCAGAGUACAACCAUUCUCCUCUUUAGAAAAGAAAGAAUAAAGAUUUAGAGGCAAUUUAUAUAGAAUUCUGCUUUGAGCAAAUGUCUUUAAAAUGCUUUGGAAAGAAAGAUCACAUACCACAAGUUAUGGCUUGAUUGAGAGGCUCUCUGAAUACUGUUUUCAUGUUUGGGUUCUAAAGCUUUUUCUUUGACAUACCAUUCUUUGAUUUACUUGAGUGCCGUCAUUCUGUUCUGGGAUGUUGUCAGCGUCUUAUCCCAUUCAUGAAUUGCGUGGUUCUUCUCUCUCCUCCCCCUUACAGACACACACAAACACACACACUAUUAAAAGGGGGAGGGAUGAAAGAGAAAAGAUGAUAAGAAUCAUUAGAACGUAACUUCAGUUAAUAAUGAUAGAAAUCCUGAGAAUUAAGAUUGAAAGUGUUAGUGCUGCAGCUAUUCUCUGUCCGUAAAGGUUUUUGCUACCUGUAGAGUGAUAAUGUGUACAGAAUAUGUAUCUGAAAUAGGAUGUUAUAGCAAAGUAAUGGAGAAAAUUAUUCCUGAAAGUAACAUUUCAGUUUUUUGCAACAGUGAUCCCCAUAUUCUUAAGGAAAAAUUAAUGUAGCUUCUGGUUUUAAUGAAUCAGACUCUGAUUUAAACAUCAGAUGAUUUGUAACUGAUUCUGACAUGUCACCUUAAAUAUAUAAAAAUUAUAUUAAAUGAAUACUUGACUAUUAUGUCCUCUUAAUUUACAUAUUAUUUCAGACCUUAGUUCUGUAGAUAUAUCUCUCACCUAUAUGCCUCUUAGUGUGUGCAAAGUUCCAUAUUAAAUUUUUUUUUAAUUUAUUUUAUAGUCAAACCUGAACUAUAAAGGAGAAAGCAAAAUGAAUUUCAAAUACCAGAACUUUUAGAAGAUCACAACUGGAAAAAGAUGGUUGAGAGCUUGUUGCCUUUGAGGGUAGUGAAAGUGUUAGUCGCUCAGUCAGGUCCGACUCUUUGCACCCCCAUGGACUGUAGCCCACCAGCCUCCUCUGUCCAUGGAAUUCUCCAGGAAAGAAUACUGAAGUUGGUAGCCAUUCCCUUCCCCAGGGGAUCUUAAAGACCUCUAAAACUUGAGCUAAGACUUAGAGUUUAGCUCUACCACUAAUUUGCUCUGUGUCCUUAGAUUUCCUUAAUCUCUUCAUGCCUAGGUUCUUGUAAAAUGGUAUUGAUAAUACCUGCCCUCAUCUCCCUCACAAAGUAGUUCUAAGAUUAGGAUGAUGUUUGUGACAGUGCUUGAGUUCUCCAAAAGAAAAGCAAUUCAGAGGUUCAAGAUAAAAGAAUGUUGUUGUAUGAAGUGUUCAUUUCCAGUUUGCCCCUAUGAAAGUAUCUUUAGUUACCACCCUGGAUCAUUUUAUCAAACAAAUGUAAGAGAAACUGAGGCUUUAUCAUGGUAUGGCGUUUGCCUACAAACGUAUCCUGUUCCAUUUCUCCCCUGCUAGCUAUCACACAGGUUGAAUUUUUCUUUGUAAUCAUUUUUGGAAAAAGUGCAACUCCAAAAACCAAACUCCUUUUAGUGGUGCUAUGGCAGCUGUGAUUGUAUUUCGAGUUAGAUCAAUGUGAUGAAACCAUCAGAUAAUCAAAACUUAACUAACUUUGCCUUUUGCCUUCAGGCAUUUUUGCUGUGGAUUGGCAUCAGAGGCUGUUGCACAACCAGAUAGUUAUCCAUUUGUUAUCCCUUUGUUUCUUGCAGAUUUUUUUGUACCUUUUUUUGGAGUACGGGGUUAGGUUUUAAGAAGGAAACUGUGCUUCUUUCACGUAACACUUCACAGAGUUGACCUUGCUUUCCAAUCACCAUGUACCUGUAAAAAAUCAUAUUAAAAGGGUUUUCUUCUUCAUUUAAAUUCAGUUCGGAGCAUCUGCAGGUGAUUUUAGGCAGCCUGUUGGUGUCUGACCCAGUUAUCUUUAUGGAUUGUGGGCGGAACCUUACAUUUUUACAGACUUACCCACUUUCCUGGGGGUUAGGGGCUCCUGUUUCUAGGGAAAAACACAAAGGGCACAUCACCACAGGCUGCAUAAGCAAUUCCUUUGCUUGCUUGUUUUGUUAAGAAAUAAAGGAUGCAUUUGAGGUACACAGGGUAUGAAUGCAUUCAACAUUUAUUUUUUAUUUCUAUAGAUGCUGAUCUCCCCUUCUUGCAGGCAGUUUGAGCUUUUAGCUCAUCACUAACAUGGGUGAUAUCUGCCUUAGUUUUAUAGGAUACAGUUGGGGAGGUUCAUGCUUGGAAAAUGAACGAAAAAAACCCACCUUGCUGGGUCAGAUAGCUGAGAACAUUGGAUAUUUCAGGAAUACUUUUAAACAGUUUUUGCUAUAAUGUGUAGCUUUAAUAUCUGUCUUCAGUUAUAGACCCAUGAAAGUAUUACUGUAUCUUGUGAAUAAAGAUCAUUCUUGUGAACUAUAUGGAUGCAUUCAUAGGCUGUGGGAAGCAGUGGUGUGUGUGUGUCCGUGUGUGUGUAAAUAUUCUAUGUUUAUAACACUGUGUAUUACGUAAGUUUAUAUAGAAAAAAUGUGUUUCUUUAAUGUUUUGGGGGACUAAAAUUGUGAUAUAACCAUUCCAGUGUAAUCUGACCACUCACUCUAGAGAACAUUUAUACUACACACAGAUACACACCCCUAAAGCGUGGCUAACUGCUCCCACUUUAGAUAAUUGCUGCUUUUUUUAAAACCCAAAAUAAUGGAGGAGGAAAUAGCACUCUUUUUAAAGGGGCUUUUCUGAAAAGUAAAAUGUAAAUAUAGGACAUGUGGGGAGGGUGGGGCCAUCUGCCUGCAGAUGGACAAAUAGCCUUUUAAAUUUUACUUUUUAACCAUCUUAACCGUGUGUGCCUAUUUGUACUGCAGAUGUGAAAUAUUUGGGGGGGUUAAUAUCAGUAUGUUUUGAAACUGAAUUAUUACAUAAAAUCAGAGUAACCUCUUUCUCCAUCCUCCUUUUCCACACUGACUAUUCUUGCCAAAUAUUUCUACCGAAACCAAGUUUCAGCAUGGUAAAACGAUGGACACUCAAACCUCCUUCUUCAUCUUCCCUAUCCUGUCUUACACCCGGUCUGGCCUUAUAUUUUUUUGUUGGCUUUUCAUAAGUAAGAACAAUUUACUGUAGUUUAGAGACUGCAGAAUUUCAAAAUGUUUAUCUAUAAGCCUUCCUUUGUUAAUGUUCAGUUACACAGUCAUAUUAGUUAAAACAGUGGAGUCAGUGGGGUGAGUCUGAGUUCGUAAUAUGCUGUAAGAUAAAAUCUUGACUGAUAUUAAACUUGACGGCUGCAUAUUAUUAAGAGGAAAUUGGAUUACAUGGUGGGUGGGAGCUAAUCUAUGAUAUAUAUGUAAUCACUGUAUAAUUAGAAACACCAAAUGUUGAGUCCUAUCACUGUGUACUUGGGGGCCAGGCUUUGGAUAUGGUUUUCAUUUUAAUUCCUUGAAAACUGUAUGUCAUUAAGACGAGCAGAAGGCAAAUAAAGUUUUUAAACAAAAAUGCUUUGGGGGGGUAUUUAAAUUAUGUUCCCCCAAAAAAAUCUUUACUACAAAAAACCUAGGGUUGAGAUUGAGACGCUUCAAGCCGCUUUUUAAGCAGUUCAGUCACUUACAAUAUUUUAUGUUAAAGAAAUUGUCAUAAUUCUUUCUGAGCCAAACUGUCACUAAAGUGUCCUGUGACAGAACCACUCCUCUUUUUUCUGCCAUUCUGUGUAUUGGAAGAGUUCUAUGUUGUAUUUGUUUUUAAUCCUUGAUUUUAAAAUAUUAAUGGUUUUAGUGUUGCCUAGCAUCAGUUUGAAGUGUAACUUUCACUAAUAACUGCAAUAAAAAGAAAAGCUUUGCUCCAAA